UGUCUCUGGGUGGAAAGGGAUAGGUAGGUAGGUGGGUCGGUGCGAUCACGGUACUACAAUGAAUCGCAAAGGCGCCAGGUAGGUGGGUAGGUAGGCAGCUUCAACAGUAAUAGUAGACGAAUCUCAGAAAAACACAAAACACAAUGCAGCGGGGUCGGUCAAAUGUCGUCUGUCCAAAACCAACCAACCAACCGACCAACCCACCGGAAUUUAGGCCCGCAGGCCCACGCCUAUUGCAACUCCGAUGUUGAAGAUGCUCUCGCCUCGCAGAUUGCGUCGUCAGCCGCCGCAGCUGCCUGUGUUGGCUGCACCGGGAAGCAGCCCCGUCGCGGUUGGACGGAGGCGGACCUCAUCUCGCAGCCGGUGGGGGUCUAUGCCUUUAAAUGCACACCACCGCAUCGUGUCCGGUACCACGCUCUGUUUCCAGUUUCGCGAACUGACCAACGCUUCGCAGGCUGCUUUGCGACGGCGCAAGAGGCGGCUCAGGCUUGGGACGCAGCAGCUAGAGCCGGCGGUUGGAGAGUCGUAAAUGCUCCCAGGGACGUCGUGAGGGAGUUGGCAUUCCCUGACUACCUCCGGGGGAAAAUUGCAGCUGCUAAACAGCCGGCCGCAACUUUUCCGCAUCCGCCGUCGGAGGUUAGGUGGCGCACGAACGAGCUUAAAGAAGUACUACGUGACGUGGCAGAACGGCCCGUGUCCAAGAUAUGGAACGGUCCUCGUGGUCUGCAGCAGGAUGACCAUGACACAGCCGCGGGAAACGAGCUUUGCUGGUCCUUUCACCCGCAUGCGGCCGAGGUGCGAAAAACGACCGCACGCGGAACGACGCUGCAGGGAACACGCCCAUCGGCUCUGGACACCUGGCAUGACCUCGCGUUGCGAGCCAAAUGCGUCCGGUCCUGCAUCGAAUAUCGGGGAGACCAAGAGGUUGGAUGAAAUCACUUUCUGACACACAGCACGCUCUGCACAGCUAUAGUCCUCGACAAUCACGUUUCUGCAUAUUGUUAUUGACGUCGUGAACAAUUAGUAUUGCGAGAGUCCAUGCAAUCCGUCGCUGUACUAGUUGCGCGCAGCAACAAUGUUUUCCUCAAAAUUACGUUGGACAGGUAUCGCGUAUGACGCUUGCAGGAGAGCUUCGGUUUAUGCAAGGAAGCUGGGUCUUGAAUUUCCAGCCGCGUGUUGCCGCGGCGAUUUAUGAGCGGUUUGCAGGUACCCACUAACGAGUUGUUACCCACUAACGAGUUGUUACCCACUAACGAGUUGUUUCAAUUUCAAUCAAAGUAUGCACGAUGACGGUUCUCGUGGUCUUGUUCCGCAAUAAAUGGGUCCGUCAGUGACCCCCUCCGGGCUCCAAGCGUCUCGAAGAUUUACCAUCCUUCGACAAACGUGCACAGGUAACGCUGCGGUCGUCUACGACAGUUCUGCCGGAUGGGGUGGUCGCCUUCUCGGCGCUUUUCUUGCCAGCAAUGUCAGCAAAUACAUCGCUUGUGAACCGAGUUCCAACACAUUCGCAGGGCUAGAGCAGCUACGAGACCUCGUACUGGAAAAACUUGUAGAUGACAAAAAAGGGGGCUUUGUUGUCUCAACCGAAAAUGGCAGGCGGAUGUGUUCACUCGACAUCGAGCUCCACAAGUGCGGAAGCGAGGACUUCGUGCCGCCGAAAAACUCCGUCGACCUCGCUUUCACUUCCCCGCCCUACUUCUCUCUCGAACGCUACGCUACAGAACCUUCACAGUCACACGUUCGUUUUCCAACCUUCCCGCAAUGGUGCGCAGGGUUUUUGCAACCAACCCUUACGCACACCUUCGAGGCUCUCAAGCCCGGUGGCGCGAUGCUCAUCAACAUCGCGAAUUGCAAAAUCUUUACGGACCGCGGGAUCGAUCUCGAGGCGGAAACAGUGCGUAUAGCGGUUAAGGUGGUUGGUGCGCGACAAGAGACCACACUCCGUCUGCUGAAGAUGGACGGCACGGAGGACAAUGGGGAGCCAAUUUUCGUUUUCAGAAAAUAAGAUUAUCACAGAAUUACACUAUUUCCUGGUGGCUUUAAAGCCAACCCUCAAAUCCCCAAAACAAGGCGAUCAUACAAUUCCUCUAGAAAAAACAACGACACCGAUUCUCCAUUGCUCAGUUAUAGAAUUGAUUGAUAUUGCAGCCGUCUCUGCGCACUACAGUAGUUUACGAU